AUGAAAAAGUGCAUUACCAGCCAUUUAUUUCAAAUCUGUUACGAGGAGCGAAGUAUAAGUGUUGUGCUGUUGAUGAUAGACGUUUAUAGAUUAUCACUACAGUUUCAUCUGUGUCGAUUAGAACAGUUAUGUGUGCAGUAUUUAGAAGCUUCCAUUGGGCACAAAAAUGUAUUAGUAGCAUUACAGAGUGCCGCUGACUUGAAAUUAGAUUUUGUAAAGGAAUUUUGUUUGAAUUUUAUUGUAAAAGAGAGCAACUAUAAUGACAUAGUGAUGAGCAAAGAAUUUGAAUCUUUGGUGCAGCCAUUGAUGGUAGAAAUCAUCCGUCGACGCCAGCUACCUCCAACUAAACCCCCUCCUGAACCUCAUAUUGAUGCUGUCAAAACCACAAACUCACUGGAGCAAGAUAUGGAAGUGUUCUUGAAAGGUAGUGGAGAUAGGGAGUUUUGUGACAUUACCUUAGUAUUAGAUGGUGUACCAGUACCAGCACACAAAGCUGUAUUGGCUGCCAGGUGCAGUUAUUUUGAAGCGAUGUUCCGAUCUUUUAUGCCAGAAAAUGAUCAAGUCAAUAUCACAAUAGGGGAAAUGGUUCCAUCGAGGCAAGCGUUUGAUUCUUUAUUAAGGUAUAUUUACUAUGGUGAUGUUACCAUGCCACCAGAAGAUUCACUCUACUUAUUUUCAGCCCCAUAUUAUUAUGGUUUCACUAAUAACCGAUUACAAGCGUUUUGUAAACAGAACCUAGAGAUGAACGUUUCAUUUAAGAAUGUUGUGCAGAUACUGGAGGCUGCUGAUAAGAUACAAGCUGUGGAUAUGAAGAAACAUGCUCUCAGCAUUAUUGUACAUAAUUUUCCAAAGGUUGCUAGGCUUGCAAUGAUUCGUACAUUGAAUCGUGAAUUGCUGUUAGACGUUAUGGAUGCAUUGGCUGAUCACAUGAUGAACGAUACGCCAAUAAACAGACAAACUGACCAGAAUGUAAUCACAGGCAACUUGCUGCAUUCCCUCAAAUUCAAGGUCGAAGGAAUCUCCCUUAAACUUAAACUUGCUUAA